CGCUCACCAACGCUCCCUCUGUCGCAGACGUUACGUCAUCACUGUUGGCGGUAUUUUGAAAAAGAAGCUUUUGUGGAAAGUUGUGGUUCCGCGUUGUUGAGAAGAAUCACUGUGAUAUCUGCAGAUAAUGGCUGAGGUGAAGCUAGCAGAGCUGUCAGAGGACGCUCGGACUGAGCUGAUGGACCUGUGUGAGGAGCAGUUCUCUCAGCUGGAAAAGCUUCAGAAUGAGAUUAUACUUUGUGAACCAGAUUUAUGUGACACUCCCCAGGAACAGUCAGUGAAUCAACUGAUGACAACAGAAGCUGAGCUGAAGCAGUGGCUGACAGAGGAGCCAAAAAUACUUGCACAUAAUUCAGAAGUUUUACUUCAAGCUGGGAAAGAAGAGAUGCUCAAGGUGUGCUCCGAACUCCAGAUGAUUGUUUCUUGCUAUGAAGCAAAGCGGGACAACCUGAAAGACACAAAAGAAGUGGAACUGAAAUGGCUGAAUGAGAAGAAGCAGGCUCUGGAAGCUGCCAGUGAUCAUGUUGAAAAACUUAAGAGUGAAAAGGAGAAUUCAUCAGAGCUCAGCCUGUGGCAGGAUACCAAGUCUAAAAUCCAGAAGAUGAAGACCUACCAGGAAAGGCUGAUGGAGUCUCUGGGGGAUGUUCUGGAGAAACAUUUUCCUCUGCCUCAAAAUGAACCCAGCUCAAACAAGAAGAAGAAUGCUACCCCAGAGCUGAACGAAGACUGGAUUUCACUCAAUGAAAUUCUUGAGCUGCUCAUGAACAAAGUCCUCACCACACCACACGACCCCUAUUUGACGAUAGACGACACGUUCUGGCCACCGUACAUAGAGACACUGCUGCGCUAUGGUAUUGCAGUGAGACACCAAGAGAAUAACUUCAAGGUGCGCCUGGAAACCUUUUGGUAAGGAGGCGGUGCAUCAGCCUUUCCAAGCCCCACUUAUCUGCUAUUUUUUUUGCAAUCGUACAUGCCUGCUUGUAUAAUGAUAUCAUUAUGUAUAUUUAUGUUAGGAGAAUCAGAGAAGAUAUGAUGUUAAUAUUAGCUGUAUGUAUCAAAGUAGGCAUGCAUCACAGCUGUGUGAUGCAUGUGAGUUUUUUUUUUUUACAAGUAUCCCUUGUUAGUUAUUGGGGGGUGGACAGAGAAAUCGCGAGUCCUGAAAACACAGCAGGACUCUUGAAUGUUUGCCUUAGAAGUAGUAAAAUAUGUUAGAAAUUCAGUCUCUUCUUGACAAAAUUCACAUCAUUGUCAUGUAAACUAUUAUUCAAACUCAAAAGAAUUUAAAGUAUUUUCAUAACUGCUCCUUUUAGCUUUAUCUUUUAUGUUAUUAACAGCUGUGUGCAUGCAGAGCAAUGCCUGUAUUCUUAUUUAACUGUCAUGUAUAAUGUUCUUCAAAUUUCAAAGCUGUCUUGACUUUUCCUCAUGAUGCUCCAGCUGUGUACUGUAUAUACUGAGAGUUUGUUUGUAUGUGUACAUUUUCAUGUUUAUGUUCAAUAAAACUUGUAACUAUUAUGCUCCUUA